AUGCGGCCAGACGUGGAAAGAGGUGGGCGCGUACGUGGCAGCUUGACUCCGCCCUGUGUCGGUGUGAGUGCGCGCGCAGCCGCAGAUAGCAGGUUUGGCGCACGCAGUCUUUUGCCUCGCUCGGGAGAGUGGAUGCGAUGGCAAUCAUCGCAUAGGCUCAUGAAAUCAGGCGCGCAAAGUGAUCAAGGUGACCACUGUGGGAAUGUUUCUCCCUCCAUCGCACAAGUCUUUCUCUUGUUCAUUCUGACUCGAUCCAGAUAGAAAUGGAAUGGAACGAUCUCGUGCCACCCUCACAGUCUUGCCAUUGCGUCUCACCUCGCGCGUAGAUUGCGACGAAGGAAUUGUCACCCCUCAUCGACUGCAACGCAAGCGCUCCUAAGCUAACGUCUGCGCCACCUGCACGUCGCUCGGCAGCCCGCUACAGCUCUUGGGAGGAUGGUCGCCAGCUCUUGCUUUCCAACCUCAUCUUUUUCUAUCAGCAGUAG